AUGCUAAGGGUCGAAACAGACUUCGUGCUCGAUGCAAUGGCCAAAAUAAAUGUUACACUAUGUAUUAUAUGCCUUAUUAUAAUUUUGAUAUCAUUUGGGUCUGAACUCCCCUUUAGGCUUUCAUUGAUAUUCACUGCAUUAAGCAGAAUACCAUUAAAUUUUGAUAAAGUGUACGAUUGUUGUGCCUUUGGUUUCGAACACGAUACCACUGCAGGAAAUAGAUAUAAAGGAUACAAGAGCAUCUGGGAACUCAUUUUCUUACACUUGGAGAGGUCUAUAUUAGAUUUUGCUGCUUACUUUUUGUCCAAAAGAAAAUUAAAUUAG